AUGUCGAUUCAACAAUGGGUGACGCCUCUUGAGGGUCUGGACAGUCUCCGGCAGACUGAGGCUCCAAUGCCCGCACCCGGACCGGGCGAGGUGCUGGUGGAGAUCCAUACUGUCUCCCUCAACUACCGGGAUGUGGAAGUCACUAAAGGAGAAUACAAGCACCAUAAGACCGCGGAGCAGAACGCGACUAUUGUGCCUUGCUCGGACAUGUGCGGUGUGGUCGUUCAAGUUGGUUCUGGCGUGACCCGGUGGACUGCCGGGGAUCGGGUUCUAUCUACAUUCCUGCCUGAGCAUCAGACCGGCCAAGUCACCGAGAAGGAGCUGGCGGGCAGCAUUGGACUGCCGCUGGAUGGAGUGCUGGCCACCCACCGGGUCUUCCCCGCACACGGCCUAGUGCAGGUGCCCAGCUAUAUGUCCGACGAGGAGGCAUGCACCUUGCCUAUCGCGGCGGUCACGGCCUGGAUGUCCAUCAAUGGGAUGCGGCCCAUCGGCCAGCAUGGCGGCAAGGACGAGUAUAUUCUGCUCCAGGGAACGGGUGGCGUCGCCAUUGCCGGCUUGCAGAUCGCCAAGGCGGCAGGGGCUCGGGACGCGAAGGGCAGGCUCCGGAGCGUCGCGCUAAUCGGUUAUGCAGCCAUCAUUACCUCUUCAUCCGAUGCGAAAUUGGACCAGGCGAAACAGCUGGGCGCCGACUGCACCAUCAAUUACCGCACCACGCCCAACUGGGAGAGUGAAGUCAUGCAAUGGACCCAGAACCACGGCGCGGAUAUCAUCCUUGAGACGGGGAGCUUUGAUUGUAUCGCAUUUGGCGGCCUGAUUGACUGCAUUGGCUACGUGUCGGGCAAGGUGGAUGCGGAGGAUGACCGGCUGAAUGUGAACCUCCUGGCGCUGCGUCGCACGGUGACCUUGAAGGGUAUCAUCAAUGGGCCCAAGGAUCGGUUUGAGGAAAUGAUUCGAUUCUACGAGGCGCAUCAGAUCCGCCCGGUCGUCCACCGGGUGUUUCCCUUCGCCGAGGCCAAGGAGGCAUUCAAGUUCCUGGAGAGCGGCCGCCACUUUGGCAAAGUCGUGAUCAAGAUCCAGCCAUAG